UUCUCCUCAGUCCAUCCGCACUCCCUUUUCAACCGCCCCACCCCUUCAAAACCUCAUAUAAACCUCUCCCCCAUUCUUUUCCACUGAAAUCCCUAAUUUCUCUCUCCCUCUCAAUCUCCCUCCCCCUCUCUCUCUCUCACCAAUGGCGGCGAUGCUGCAACCUCAGAUCAUACUGUUGAAGGAAGGGACGGAUACAUCCCAAGGGAAGGCCCAGCUGGUAUCCAACAUCAACGCCUGCACAAUCGUGGCCGAUGCUGUCCGCACCACCCUCGGACCCCGCGGCAUGGACAAGCUCAUCCAUGACGACAAGGGAAAUACCACCAUCUCCAACGACGGUGCUACCAUCAUGAAGCUCCUUGACAUUGUCCACCCUGCUGCCAAGAUCCUUGUUGACAUCGCCAAGUCACAGGACUCUGAGGUUGGUGAUGGAACCACAACUGUGGUGCUCCUUGCAGGGGAGUUUUUGAAGGAGGCAAAGCCCUUUAUUGAGGAUGGGGUCCAUCCUCAGAAUCUUAUCCGCAGUUACCGGACUGCAUGUUAUUUGGCAAUUAACAAAAUCAAAGAGCUCGCUGUAAGCAUAGAAGGGAAAAGUCUUGAAGAAAAGAAAAGCUUACUGGCUAAAUGUGCUGCUACAACACUCUCCUCGAAGCUCAUUGGUGGUGAAAAGGAGUUUUUUGCAUCUAUGGUUGUGGAGGCUGUCAUUGCAAUCGGCGAUGAUGAUAGAUUAAAUUUAAUUGGCAUAAAGAAGGUUCCAGGAGGUACCAUGCGCGAUUCUUUCCUUGUCAAUGGUGUUGCUUUUAAGAAGACAUUUUCCUAUGCUGGUUUUGAGCAGCAACCGAAGAAGUUUCUGAGUCCAAAGAUUCUUCUCUUGAACGUCGAAUUAGAGCUGAAGUCAGAGAAAGAAAAUGCAGAAAUUAGACUAUCUGAUCCUUUACAGUAUCAAUCAAUUGUUGAUGCCGAGUGGAACAUCAUCUAUGAUAAGUUGGAUAAAUGUGUGCAAAGUGGAGCCAAAAUUGUCCUCUCUCGGCUGGCAAUUGGUGAUCUUGCAACACAGUACUUUGCAGAUCGGGAUAUUUUCUGUGCUGGUCGUGUAACAGAAGAGGACUUGCAGCGUGUUGCUAAAGCGACUGGUGGAACUGUGCAGACAUCUGUCAACAACAUUAUUGAUGAGGUUCUUGGCUCAUGUGAAGUUUUUGAGGAAAAGCAAGUAGGAAAUGAACGUUUCAACAUAUUCAGCGGAUGCCCUUCCGGUCUGACAGCAACCAUUGUUCUCCGUGGUGGAGCAGAUCAGUUCAUCGAGGAGGCGGAGCGGAGUCUGCAUGAUGCUAUAAUGAUAGUCAGAAGGGCUCUUAAGAACUCGACUGUUGUUGCUGGUGGUGGUGCUAUUGAUAUGGAGAUUAGUCGGUAUUUGAGACAGCAUGCCCGGACAAUAGCUGGGAAAUCACAAUUGUUUAUAAAUUCAUAUGCCAAAGCGCUUGAGGUCAUCCCACGCCAGCUCUGUGACAAUGCCGGAUUUGAUGCGACUGAUGUACUGAACAAACUCAGGCAGAAGCAUGCACUCCCAUCAGGUGAAGGUGCACUUUAUGGGGUGGAUAUCAACACUGGCGGGAUUGCAGAUUCAUUUGCAAACUUUGUGUGGGAACCUUCAGUUGUAAAGAUAAAUGCUAUAAAUGCUGCAACUGAAGCAGCUUGUCUUAUUUUAAGCGUGGAUGAGACGGUGAAAAAUCCUAAGUCGGAGAGUGCACAAGGAGAGGCUGCUGCAGGUGCCAUGGGUCGUGGGCGUGGUGGAGCUGCUUUUCGUGGCCGUGGACGCGGCAUGCGUAGGCGAUGAUAACCUUCCUUGGUUAGAUUCCAAGAACUGUAUCUGGUCCUUGCAGGCAAGUUUUUGUAGUGGGUAAACAGUUUGGUUUUCUUGGAAGAUUUCUCCCGUUUUUGUAUCCUGUUUGAUUUACUCUUGUAAUCCAUGCAAAUGUGUUGGAUAGGCCAAAUGGGCAUUAUUGCCCAUGUAAACUAAAUGCCUAGCAAUUUUAGGUAUCCCAUGUUUUUGAAGCAUGAAAAGGUGGAAAUGAUUGCUGGUUUUGAUUA